AUGAGGUCGCACACGGGAGAGAAGCCGUACGUCUGCCCCUUCUGUCAGAAAGCCUUCUCCCGCUCCUCCAUCCUGAACCGCCAUCUGUGCGUUCACAGCAGAGGCAAACCUCUCAGCUUCACUCACAGGGAGGACCUGGAGGCUCAUGAACGCUCCCUCCGGAGAGAGGCCCCUGGGGGUCCUGGGUUCAUGGGACCGGGACAGGGCGUGUCCUGCUGGUCUGGAGGCUUGUCCUCUGUGCAAAGUGACUCAAUGGAUUCUGAGGAGAAACCCAGUUUACAACAGGAGCGACAGUUUCACCCGAAUAUGAACCUUCACUGA